AUGUCUUCUGAAGAAGCGUAUUACAACUUAAAUCUCAAUAAUCUAAAGAACAUCCCAUUGUUAGUACCGGGCGCAAUGCUCGGACAAGGAACCAGGGAAAUGCAUAUUCAACCGAUUCCUGCUGUUGCAAAUAAUGGAUCAGCCAACAGUUCCCACGAAGAACAAUCAGCAAAUACCGAAGAAAACUCUGAUGGUAAGUAA